CUCAACUCUGAUCAGGAGUACUAUACUGCAUGUUUUUUCAUUUCCCUUCCACAUUCUUCGUCCUGAUCUCCUUUAAAUUCUCCGAGCAAACUCACCCAAAAAACAUCACAACGAAAAAUGGGCUCGGAAAACAUGGGAAGCCUGGUUUCUAACUUCAAGCUAUCGUCGGUGGUGCCGGCCACUGUAACCGGCGAGAACAAGGUGCACGAGCUGACGCACAUGGACUUGGCCAUGAAGCUCCAUUACAUUCAGGGGGUUUACUUCUUUAGGCGUGAAGCAGUUGAGGGGCUCUCAAUACUUAACUUAAAGGAACCCAUGUUCCAAUGUCUAGACCUCUACUUCACUGUUUCCGGGAGGGUUCGGAGAUCCGAAACAGGCCGGCCAUUCAUCAAGUGCAACGACAGCGGUGUGCGUAUUGUUGAAGCGGAUUGCGACGCCACCAUUGAAGAGUUUUUGGCCAUGAAAGAUCACUGCUUUCAUGGUAGUCUUGUUUAUAAUCAAGUUCUUGGUCCUGAUCUUGCUUUCUCGCCUCUGGUCAUUAUACAGUUCACCCGGUUUAAAUGCGGAGGAAUGUCAUUGGGGCUCAGCUGGGCACAUGUUCUUGGAAAUGCAUUCUCAGCCUCAGCCUUCAUCAACAUGUGGGGUCAGAUCUUGUCUGGUCAAAUGCCACCCAAAUCUCUCCAAACCCCAAAUCCAGUGAAAGCGAAAUUCCCCCCUCCAAGUUGUGAGAAAUCAGUUUCCAUGAAAAGGGUGGACCCACUAGGAGAUGAUCACUGGCUAACUGCCAAUGACAGUAACAUGGAGACAGACUAUUUCCCAGUAACCGCCAAACAACUUGAGCAUAUGGUAACAAAUAUCUGUGCAGAUGACAAACUAGCAGCCAAGACCUCACAUUUUGAAGUUCUCUCUGCAGUAAUAUGGAAAUAUAUAUCUGAAACCAGGGAAGAUUUGGGUCCAAGGAUUGUCACAGUCAGCACUUCUCACAACAGGCCUUGGGAAAAUGAGUAUCCAACUAACGGCCGCAUGGUGCUGAGCAUGGUUGAAGCAGAUUUCUCAGUGGCAAAAGCUGAUGUUUCUGCAGUGGUAGAGCUAAUAUCUCAAAAGAUAGUGGAGAUCAAUAAUAAUAAUAUUGGUAGUGUAGAUGAAGAAAUGGUGGAGAAUGGAAAUGGGGAGGCAGAUUUUAUAACAUAUGGAGCUAACUUGACGUUUGUGAAUUUGGAAGAAACUAAUAUUUAUGGAUUGGAGUUGAAGGGACAUUGGCCUGUCUUUGCCAAUUAUACCAUUAAUGGGGUUGGAGAUGAAGGUGUUGUUUUGGUGCUUCCAGGACCAACAAAUGGCAAAGGGGAGGAAGGUGGUGGUCAUGUUGGUGCAGUUGCAGAUGGAGUGACUGUAUCCAUGGUUUUACCUAAAAAUCAACUUGCUCUGCUCAAAAGCAAGCUUGAAAGGGAUUGGAAUAUCGUUUGAAGGAAAACACACACGUGUGUGUUCCGAUAUAAGAAAAUUAAGAUGAUUGGUAAUAAUUAAUGAAAUGAUUGAGGAACAGGAUUCUUAGGUUGUUUGUCAGUAAGAACGUUUAUUUUAUUUUUAUU